GGGAGAGAGUUGCAGACACUUGGUAACGCAUCACAGCAGGACAGUCAGUCGAAGCUCAAGGCUCUCAGCCGCUGACGAACGGACGGCAGGUGCAGGCGAUGUUGUGGUGUGUGGGAUCAGGUGGCAGGAUGACGUUGGCCAAGCUCCUCCUUCCCUUCCUCAUGCUCCAGCCCUUCUCUGAAGCCUCCAACCAACCGCCAAGCUUCAACAACUACUUCUUCAAGACCUACCUCCUGAUCUACGAGAACACGGCCAUCGGUUCCUCGGUCACCCAGCUAAGGGCCGACGACCCUGAAGGUGAGCCCCUCAUCUACGGGGUGGUGGGUGAGGAGGCCAUGAGGUACUUUGCCGUGGACAGAGAGACCGGCGUGGUCUGGCUGAAACUGACCCUGGACCGCGAGUCUGUGUCACAGAUGCAGGUGGAGUUCUCCGUGAGUGACAGCCAAGGGGUGGUCAAAGACACGGUGAACAUCCUUAUCGGGGACGUCAACGACAACGCGCCAAGCUUCCACGGGCUGCCGUACACCGUGCACAUCCCGGAGAACACGGCUGUGGGGACGUCGGUGUUCAUGGUGAACGCCACCGACCCGGACCAGGGCACCGGGGGCAGCGUCCUCUUCUACUUCCAGCCGCCGUCGCCCUUCUUCGCCAUCGACGGCGCCCGCGGCAUCGUCACGGUCAACCGGACGCUGGACUACGAGACCACCUCAGCCUACCAGCUCACCAUCAACGCCACGGACCAGGACAGGUGGCGGCCUCUGUCCCGGUUGACCAACCUGGCCAUCCUGAUCACAGACAUCCAGGACAUGAACCCGGUCUUCACCAACCUGCCCUACAGCACCAACAUAGCGGAGGACAAGCCCCCGGGCUACGAGGUGCGGAAGAUAAGAGCCAUUGACCAGGAUCUGGGACGCCCGCGUGGGAUUGGCUACACCAUCAUCUCAGGUAACACCAACAGCAUGUUCGCCCUGGACUACAUCAGUGGCUCGCUGACUGUCAACGGCCAGCUGGACCGAGAGAACCCGCUCUACUCAGCGGGAUUCACCAUCACCGUCAGGGGGACAGAGCUGAAUGACGACCGCACCCCCUCGGACGCCAUGGUGAUGACCACCUUCACCAUCCUGCUGAUCGACCGGAACGACAACGCCCCCACCUUCAACAGCUCCGAGUACCGCGUGCGCAUCACCGAGCUGGCCCAGGUGGGCUUCGCCCUGCCCCUCUUCAUCCAGGCGGAGGACAAGGACGAGGGGGUGAACAGCAUGUUCCAGGUGGUCCUCACGGGGAACAACUCGGACCACUUCACCAUCUCGCCAACGGCGGUGCAGGGACGGGCAGACAUCCGCGUGCGCGUGGCCGUGCCUUUGGACUACGAGAAACUCCGCCGCUACAGCUUCUCCCUCUACGCCAACGAGUCCAUGUCGGACCACGUGGGCUUCGCCCGCAUCUUCAUCGACCUCAUCAACGAGAACGACAACCGGCCCAUCUUCAGCCAACCCGUGUACAACAUCAGCCUGCCCGAGAACACGCCCACCGGCACACCGCUGAUCCGCAUCCUGGCAACAGACGGAGACAUUGGUACAUUUGGAACAGUGCAUUACUUCUUCAACGAAGAACCAGACCAGUUCUCCCUGGACUCGCGGACGGGCUGGGUGGGCCUGCGGGCCGGCCUGGACUACGAGCUGAUGCGGCGCUUCACGGUGACGGUGCUUGCCCGGGACGGCGGCGGCGAGGAGACCACGGGCCGGCUGCGCAUCAACGUGCUGGACGUCAACGACAACGCGCCGCUGUUCCAGAAGGAGGCGUACCUGGGUAUGCUGCGGGAGAAUGAGCAGGGCCCGCAGUACGUGGCCCGUGUCAGGGCUACAGACGAGGACUCUCCGCCCAACAACCACCUCACCUACACCAUCACCUCCGCCUCCGCCUUCCCCGAGUACUUUGACAUCCUGAUGCAGGAGGGCUACGCAGUGAUCAGCGUGAACAGCCCCCUGGACUAUGAGCGGGUCCCGGCGGGGCGGAUCCACCUGACGGUGAUGGCCCGGGACGGGGGCAGCCCGGCCCUCAACAGCAGCGUGGCCGUCACCCUGGAGCUGUUUGAUGAAAAUGACAACCCACCUACAUUCAGCCUGCCUUCCUACAUUGUCAAAAUCUCGGAAAACAUUAUCGCAGGGGCGACGGUGCUGUUCGUGAAUGCCACUGAUUUGGACGCCUCCCGGGAGUUUGGCCAAGCCUCCCUCAUCUACUCCCUGGAGGGCUCCUCCCAGUUCCGCCUCAACUCGCGCUCAGGGGAGAUCACCACGACAGCCAUGCUAGACCGGGAGCUGAAGGCCGAGUACAUCCUGAUCGUCCGCGCCGUGGACGGGGGUGUGGGCCCGCAGCAGAAGACGGGCAUCGCCACGGUGAACAUCACCAUCCUGGACAUCAACGACAACGCCCCCGGCUGGAGCGACGAGCCAUACCACGCCAACGUGGUGGAGAUGAGUCCCAUGGACACGGACGUCCUGUCGGUGCUGGCGGUGGACCCCGACGACGGGGACAACGGCGUGGUGGAGUACCGCAUCAGCCCGCCCAACCCCUUCUACACCAUCAGCAACAGCACGGGCAAGAUCCGCACCACCGGGGUCACCCUGGACCGCGAGAGCGCCGACCCCCGCAACGCCCUGCUCAUGAGGACCAUCGUCAUCUCCGCCUCCGACCGAGGCACACCGCCACUGCGUGCGUCCGUGAGCACUACCGUCUUUGUCAACCUGCUGGACCUCAAUGACAACGACCCCACCUUCGUCAACCUUCCCUUCGUGGCCGAGGUGCUGGAGGGGCUGCCCCUGGGGUCUUCUGUCUUCAAGGUCCAGGUGGAGGACCCCGACGAGGACAACAACGGCCUGGUCACCAUGGCGCUGCAGGUGGGCAUGCCGCGGCUGGACUUCCACCUCAACACGUCCACGGGCGUGCUGACCUCCACGGCCCCCCUGGACCGCGAGCAGAUCGCCCAGUACUACCUGAGGAUCGUGGCCCACGACGCCGGGAAGUUCCCCCGCACCUCCACCUCCACCUUGACCAUCACAGUGCUGGACGUGAACGACGAGACCCCAACCUUCUUCCCGCGGCGGUACAACGUGUCGCUGCAGGAGGACGUCCCCCGGGACCACGCCGUGGCGCGCCUCAACUGCUCCGACAACGACGCCGGGCUCAACGCCGAGCUCAGCUACUUCAUCACAGACGGAAACCAGGACGGUAAAUUCAGCGUGGGCUUCAGAAACGGGGUGGUCCGCACGGUGGUGGGGCUGGACCGAGAGACCCAGGCCGCCUACACGCUGGUCAUCGAGGCCAUAGACAACGGCCCAGCGGGCAGCAGGCGGACGGGCACGGCCACCGUGUUCGUGGAGGUGCUGGACGUGAACGACAACAGACCCAUCUUCCUCCAGAACAGCUACGAGGCCAGCGUGCUGGAGAACGUGGCCAACGGGACCAGCGUCCUCCAGGUCCAGGCCACAGAUGCGGACCAGGGAGAAAAUGGCCGGGUGUUAUACAGGAUCCUCUCUGGCAACAACAACAGGCUGUUCACCAUCGAGCAGCGGACGGGGCUGGUGUCCCGGGGCCUGCGGGCUCUGGACCGCGAGAGCACCAGCUCACACGUGUUCGAGGUGGAGGCCUACAACAGCGACCAGGGCCGCAUGAGGAGCUCCGUGCGGGUGAUCGUCUACGUGGAGGACGCCAACGACGAGGCGCCCGUCUUCACCCAGCAGCAGUACAACCGGCUGGGCCUGAGGGAGACGGCCGGCAUCGGCACCUCCGUCAUCGUGGUGCGUGCCACCGACCCCGACACUGGUGACGGUGGCUCCGUGGCCUACGCCAUCGUGUCGGGCUCGGACCGCAAGUUCGAGGUGGACGUGAGCACGGGGCUGGUGACCACGGUGGACCACCUGGACUACGAGACCAAGACGUCGUACCUGAUGAAUGUGUCGGCCACCGACCAGGCCCCGCCCUUCCACCUGGGCUUCUGCAGCGUGUACGUCACGCUGCUCAACGAGCUGGACGAGGCCGUGGCCUUCUUCGCCGCCGGCUACGAGGCGGCGCUGGUGGAGAACAUCGCCACGGGAACAGAGGUGGCGCAGGUGCGGGCGCAGUCGGCUGACAACCUGAACCAGCUCACGUACCGCUUCGACCCGGACACCUCGCCGGCCGCGCUCGCCCUCUUCAGGAUCGACGGCGUCACGGGUCGUAUCACAGUGAAGGGGUUGCUGGAUAGAGAGAUGGGUGACCUCUACACCCUGACUGUGGUGGCGGACAAUGGAGGACCCAGAGAGGACUCCACCGUGAAGGUGUCCAUCACCAUCCUGGAUGAGAAUGACAACCGGCCAGAGUUUGACAUCACGUCGGACACGUCGGUGAGCAUCCUGGAGAACACCCCCAUCGGAGUGAAGGUGGCCACGGUCCUGGGGAGGGACAAGGACGCUGCGGCCAACGGGAUGGUGAACUUCACCCUGGUGGCGGGGAACAUGCAGGACGUGUUUGAGAUCCGGACGGUGAACCACACCUACGGGGAGGUCUACGUCAACUCCCCGCUGGACCGCGAGUCUGUGGACCGCUACCUGCUCAAGGUGCGGGCCAUGGACAACGGCGCCCCCCCCAGGUUCACGGACCACUCCCUCACCGUCAACAUCCUGGACGUCAACGACAACGCGCCCGUGGUGGAGAGCCGGCGGGGCUACAACGUCAGCGUCAGCGAGAACGUGGGCGGGGGCACCUCUGUCCUGCGCGUGGUCGCCACGGACCGCGACAUCGGCCCCAACGCCAUGCUGUUCUACUACAUCACCGCCGGCAACCAGGACCUCACCUUCCGCAUGGACCGCAUGACGGGCGAGAUGGUGACGCGCCCGGCCCCCCCCGACCGCGAGCACCAGCAGGAGUACCGGCUGGUCGUCACUGUGGAGGACGACGGCGAGCCCCCGCUGUCGACCUCCACCACCGUCCAGGUCAGCAUCGUGGACGAGAACGACAACGCGCCCGAGUUCCCCGAGGAGGAGUAUGUGACGGUGCUGAGCGAGGGGCCCGAGACGGUGGGGGCCACCAUCGCCACGGUGACGGCCGUCGACCCGGACGAGGGGCUCAACGGCACCCUGCGCUACGCCGUCGCCCGUGGCAACCUGGCUCAGACCUUCUCCAUCAACCAGUUCACGGGACGGAUCACUGCUUUGAAGGAACUGGACUUUGAGAUCAGCAAUGGCCACUACACACUGGUCGUCACAGCAACCGACCAGUGUCCCAUCCCUGGCCUUCGGCUGACAUCAAGCACAACGGUCCUGGUGAACGUCCUGGACGUGAACGAUCAGACCCCCACCUUCCCCAAUGCCUUCGAGGGGCCCUUCGAGGUGACCGAGGGCCAGCCGGGGCCCCGGGUCUGUACCCUGAGGGCCAUCGACGAGGACUCGGGCCUCAACGGCAAAGUGGAGUACAGCAUCACGGCAGGAGACCUCCAGAGUGAGUUCAUGGUGUCCCCGGUGGAGGGGGAGCUGCGCGUGCGGAGGGACGUGGAGCUUGACCGGGAGACCACGCCCUUCUACAACCUGACCGUCACGGCCCUGGACCUGGGCACGCCCCCCCGCAAUAGCACGGUGGUAGUGGGCGUGCGUGUCCGGGACAUCAACGACAACGACCCGGUGCUGCUGAACCUGCCGCACAACACCAGCGUGAGCGAGGGCGCCGCCGUACACACCACCGUGGCCACCGUGCGCGCCCGUGACGCCGACAGCGGCCGCAACGCCUUGCUUACCUUCAACAUCACCGCCGGCAACCAGGACGGGGCGUUCUACAUCAACGACACUACAGGUGUGGUGCAGGUGAACAGGCGUCUUGACAGAGAGCGGCUGGCUGAAUACGUGCUGACCGUCACGGUUAAGGACAACCCAGAGAACCCACGCAUCGCACGCAGGGACUCCGACCUCCUGGUGAUCACCAUUCUGGACGAGAACGACAACAGGCCCGUGUUCAGCAGGUCCAGCUACCGAGCAGAGGUCAUGGAGAACUCUGCUGCAGGAAGUACGCUCGCCGUGCUCAACGGGCCGGUGCUGGCCGAGGACAGAGACAUCGGCCCCAACGCCGUGGUCAGAUACCGCCUGCUGGGAGCCAGGCCGGCCCUCUUUAGAGUGGACGUCAACACGGGCGUGCUACACGUGGUCCAGGGGGCGCGCCUGGACCGGGAGGCGUACCUGGAGCCCCGCGUGGAGCUGACCCUGGUGGCGGAGGACGUGGGCGGGCUGAACAGCAGCGUGUCCCUCACCGUCACCAUCCUGGACCAGAAUGACAACCCGCCCAUCUUCACCCCCUCCAGCUACAGCGUCCGGCUUCCCGAGAACAGCCCCACCGGUGUGGUGGUCACCCAGCUCUCGGCCUCCGAUGCGGACGCGGGCUCCAACGGCUGGCUGGCGUACCGCCUGGAGAGCGGCGCCCAGGACCGCUUCGUGGUGGAUGCCGCGUCGGGCGCCGUGCUGGUGGGCAACGCCACGCUGGACCGCGAGGACCGCGGCUCCUACCGCCUGGUCGUCGUGGCGACGGACCGCGGCACGCCCUCGCUGUCGGGCACGGCCACGCUCACCGUGCUGCUGGACGACGUCAACGACUCGCGGCCCCGCUUCCUGGUGCCCGUGACCACCAUCAACGUCAACGAGUCCACGCCGCCGGGCGAGGUGGUCGCCACGCUCGCCGCCACCGACCCCGACACCCGGCCCCGCCUGGAGUACUACAUCAUCUCCGUGGAGGCGCGGGACGACGGGAACCAGCCCGUGGACGGGCUGCAGGAGUCCUUCGGGAUCGACUUCCACACCGGAGCGGUGUUUGUGCGGAACCCGCUCAACAGAGAGCAGGUGGCCACCUUUGAGAUCAUCGUGUCGGUCCACGACAACGCCAGCGAUGUGAUCGACCAGUCCGUCAGUGUGCCCAACGCGAGGCUGACCGUCAACGUGCUGGACGUCAACGACAACGUGCCCCGCUUCCGGCCGUUCGGCGUGACCAACUUCACGGAGAAGAUCCUGGAGGGGGCCCAGCCGGGCACCACGCUGCUGUCGGUGUCGGCCGUGGACCCCGACAGGGGCCCCAACGGACAGGUCAUCUACCAGCUGCUGGACCUCCCCCGGGGGGGCUACCUGAGGCUGGAGGACUCCUCCAUCGGCAAGAUCGUGGCCAACCGCACGGUGGACUUCGAGCAGGUCCAGUGGCUGAACUUCACCAUCCGGGCGAAGGACCACGGCAGCCCCCCCCGCAUCGCCGAGCUGCCCGUCUUCAUGCGCAUCGUGGACGUCAACGACAACAAUCCCGUCUUCACCCAGCCCUCCUAUCAGAGGCCGCUGUACGAGGACAUCGAUCUGGGCACCAUCGUCAUAAGGGUCAGCGCCACCGACGCAGACUCCGGCCUCUUCGCCGUCAUCGAGUACAGCCUGGUGGACGGCGAGGGCAAGUUCGGGAUCAGACCCAGCUCUGGAGACAUCUACAUCCUGUCUCCGCUGGACCGAGAGAGCAAGGACCACUACACCCUGACGGCCGUUGCCAGGGACAACCCCGGGGGCAGCCCCAACAACCGCCGCGAGAACUCAGUGCAGGUCCUGGUGACGGUGCUGGACGUCAACGACUACCGGCCGCGCUUCGCCCGGCGCGCCUUCAACACCAGCGUGUUCGAGAACGAGCCCAGCGGCACCUCCAUCAUCACGCUGUCCGCCACCGACCUGGACGAGGGCGAGAACGGCCUGCUCACCUACAGCAUGCAGGGGGCUGGCGCAGAGGUGUUCUCCCUGGACGUGGACACCGGGCUGGUGCGGUCCCGCCGGCUGCUGCAGUCCUCGGAGCGCUUCAACCUGACGGUGACGGCCACCGACAAGGGCAGCCCUGCCCUGAGCGGCCACGCCUUCCUGCUCAUCACCAUCAUCGACGUCAACGACAACCGGCCCGUCUUCAUCUGGCCCACCAACGGGACCACCGUCAAGAUCUAUGAGGAGAGGCCCGCGGGCCUGGAGGUGUGCUCGGUGCUGGCCACGGACGUGGACGAGGGCGUGAACGGCGAGGUGCGCUACGCCUUCCUGCAGACGGGCGCCGGCAACCGGGACUGGGAGAACUUCCACAUCAACGCCCUCACCGGAGCCAUCACCACCGCGGUCAGGCUGGACCGCGAGAAGCAGAGCCAGCACGGCCUGAUCCUGGUGGCCUACGACCUGGGCCAGCCUGUGCCCUACGAGACCACACAGCCCCUGCAAGUGGUGCUGCUGGACAUCGACGACAAUGAGCCCGUCUUCCUCAAACCACCGCGGGGCAGCCUGCCCUACCAGGUCCUGACUGUUCCAGAGCACUCUGACCCUGGGACCAUGGUGGGCAACGUGACCGGAGCUGUGGACGCAGACGAGGGCUCCAACGCUGUGGUAUACUACUUCAUCGCAGGAGGGAGCGGCGAGGGUAACUUUGAGCUGAACAUAUCAGGAGUGCUCAGUGUGAGGAGGGACCUGGACCGGGAGGAGAAGCCUGUGUACACCAUCAUCGUCAAGGCCUCCAGCAACCGGAGCUGGACCCCCGUCCGGGCGCAGAGGGCCUCCUGGGCCCGGGCGCUGGACCCCGGCCGGGACCCCACCCUGCAGGAGGUCAACAUCUACCUGGAGGACAUCAACGACCAGUCGCCUCGCUUCGUCAAGAAGGAGUACACGGCCGGCGUGGCGGCGGAUGCUAAGGUGGGCUCAGAGCUGAUCAGGGUGAUGGCGGUGGACAACGACAUCGGCAACAACAGCGUGGUGCGCUACCACAUCGUCACCAUCCAGUACAUCCGGCUGCAGUCCAACGACACCGAGGAUAUGGGAGACAUCUUCAUCAUAGACAACACAGGCGUUAUCCGAACCUACGACCUGUUCAGGGCGUACGACCCCGGCUAUUUCCAGCUGGAGGUGCUGGCCUGCGACGAGGCGGGCAACAGCGACAUGGCCGUCGUGGGCAUCUACAUCCUGCGGGAUGACCAGCGCGUCAAGAUCAUGAUCAACGACAUCCCCGAGAAUGUGCGCCUCUUCCAAGACGAGUUCAUCAAGCUGCUGUCCAACAUCACCGGCGCCAUCGUCAACACCGAUGAUGUGCAGUUCCAUGUGAACAAGAACGGCGUGGUGAACUUUUCCCAGACGGACGUGCUGAUCCACGUGGUGAACAAGCAUACCAACCGCAUCCUCGACGUCGAAAGGGUCAUCCAGAUGAUCGACGAGAACAAGGAGCAGCUCAGGAACCUGUUCAGGACCCACAACGUCUUGGACGUCCAGCCUGCUGUCAGCGGGAAGGCGCCGGACGACUUCUCAACGCUGCAGCUGGUCAUCAUUAUCCUGGCUGUCCUGCUGUGCUUGGUGGGCAUUCUGUUCGCCACCAUGAGCUGGCACUUCCGGACUGUACACAAGAGGAAGCUCAAAGCCAUAGUGGCCGGCUCUACAGGGAACCAGGGUCUUAUGGACGUCCUGGAUAUGCCCAACACAAACAAGUACUCUUUUGAGGGGGCGAACCCGGUCUGGCUGGACCCCUUCUGCCGCAACCUGGAGCUGGCAGCGCAGGCGGACCACGAGGACGACCUGCCGGGGGACCUGAGCGAGAUCAGCGACCUGUGGAACAGCCCCGCCCGCACACACGGUACCUUUGGCCGGGAGCCCCAGGCCAAGCCAGAAGACGACCACUACCUGCGGGCGGCGAUCCAGGAGUACGACAACAUCGCUAAGCUGGGACACAUCAUGAGGGACGGGCCCAUCAAGGGCUCCCUGCUCAAGGUGGUUCUGGACGACUACCUGAGGUUGAAGGGGCUCUUUGCAGCCCGACUGGUCACUAAAUCGACCAGCCAGGGAGACCACUCGUCGGUCACGGAGCUGAUCCAGAGCGACCUGGACGAGGAGGACGAGGACCGCCUGAGCUCCGGUGGCGGCGGGCGCGGCACGCUGCGCUUCAAGCACAAGCUCCCGCUCGAGAUGCGGGGUCCCGAGGGCGUGCACGUGGUGCACGGCAGCACGGGCACGCUGCUGACCUCGGACCACAACAGCCUGCCCGAGGACGACCAGCGGGCGCUGGCGCGCUCCCUGGAGGCGCUGAACGCCGACAGCGACGGCGGCUCGCCGUACGCCGAGCGCAACGCCCGCACCGAGUCGGCCAAGUCCACGCCGCUGCACCGCAAUAAGGGCGCCCACCCCCUGUCCGGCAGCCCCCUGGAGGUCACCGAGUUAUGACUAGCCGAGGCCUCGCUGGUCUGAGAGCGCCGCCGUGUGUUUGUGUCCUUGAGGGAAGCCCCACCCAGUAACCCCACCCACCCACUCAGCCCUCACCCCUGUUCCGGCCCACACAGGGCGUCCAUCUUGGGAGGGGUGGGAGUCGUUUAGAAAGCGUUGGAUGAAAAGCAGAUGAGACGGACCUCCCUGGGUACUUGGAGGCAGAGGGGAGGCAGAGGGGAGGCAGAGGGGAGGCAGAGGGGAGGCAGAGGGGAGGCAGAGGGGAGGCAGAGGGGAGGCAGGGAGUGAGUUUGAUGCUUAACUUGUGGUGCCACUUGAAGACGUCAGACGGUUCAGUUGGUGGUUACUGUGGCUACUUGGCUCACGGUUCGACCCGGAGACACAGCCCAGCAGGAGACGGACAGGAAGCUGAACCCGAUGUUGCUAAGCGAUCAACGCAAGACGGUCUCCAUGGCGCUCCAUCUCUUAACGUCCCCACUCGAUCUUUCGGACUGCACACACUCACGCAAGCAUGCAGACACACAGACGGUAGCACAGGCGCACCAGCGAAUGGCCAUUCAAGGGGUCGGAAAGUCACACAAAUCUUUAGAUUUUUUUAAUUGAUAUGAGGAAACAAUCAUUAUUGAACACCUGUGGAUGCGAGGACUACAUGUCGAUAAAAAGGAGCCGAUGUUUCAGAUCAACGCUCAGAACUAUACACAAUAACGGUUUCUCGAUCGCGUUCUUUGUUUCGUACCAAGAGGCUCCGAUGUAAACCUAAGUGAUGUCAAGUCCUGUUGAGAAGGACGAUUCGUCAGCAGGGGGCCAGGGUUAGACAGAUUCUGCCAUUAGCCACGCCUGCGUUCUAUUGGACAGAAUCAACCAAUGGUGUUCAAGGAGACCACUCACUGUUGCUUGAGAGACUUGAUCUCUUAAUGAAAAAAACAUG